AUGUUUAUAUUAUAUUUGAUUGCACCUACAAUCUCAUAUCUAAUAGAUCAACAUUAUUAACCAUUGAAUUGGUUUUAAUAUGUAGAUACUACAUGCUAUGGUGUAAUGUUCGAUGCUGGAAGUUCAGGUACAAGAGUUUAUGUUUAUUCUUGGAGUUGCCGAGAAAAUAAAACAAUGGCGUAUAUCAAUAUAACUGAAAAGACUUUAGAAUAUAAGGUUGAACCAGGAAUAGAUUCAUUUGGAAAAGAUUUAGAUUCAUUGAAAUCAUACAUAAAUGAUUUAAUUUAAUUUGCUUAUGAGAAUGUACCUUAUUCAAUGCAUAAAUAUACACCAAUAAUGUUGGCAGCAACAGCAGGAAUGAGAAUGAUUCCAACAUUUUAUUAGAUUUAGAUAAUAAAAACAAUAAGAGAUAUUUUUAGAUCUAGUAAAUUCCUAUUUCAUAGAGAUGAUUGGUGUAGAAUAAUCACAGGUUAAGAGGAAGUAAUUACAUAUCAUUAUAAGAUUACAAGGGAGCUUAUAUGUGGCUAUCUAUUAACUAUAUGAUAGGUAAAUUGGGAAUAACGGAUAAUGAACAUGCAUUAACUGUUGAUUUAGGAGGAGGAUCUACAUAAUUAGCUUUCAAACCUUAAUCAGGUUUUAACAAAAGUGAAGUAAACUUAAAAAUUCCUAAUCACAAUUAAUAUAAGAUAUAUUCUUAAUCCUAUCUCUAUUUUGGAAUAGAUUAAGCCAAAAGAGUCAUAUUUGAAAAAGAGAUUAAAAAAUUAGAUGAAAGUAAUUUCAUUUAUAAAUCUCCUUGCUUUCCUGAUGGUUAUAGAAAUUAUUAUAAAUACAACUCAUCUUAUAUUAUUAUUGGAUCAGGAAAUAUUAAUCAAUGUUUAGAAUUAAUUAAUCAAUAUCUCAAUAAUGAUAAGUCCAAAUGUAUUUAUGACAAUUGUGGCAUUAAUGGAGUCUAUUAACCAGAAAUUGAUUCUGAAUUAAUUUAUGCUUUAGGAGGAGUUUAAUUUAUGGCUGAAUUUUUAAAUUUAGAAGAAUAUACUUUAGAAGAAUAUUUUAUUAGAGCUGUUAAAUACUGUUCUCUUAAUUAUGAACAAAUUUAAUAACAUGAAAUUUAUAACAAAAAUAAAUAUUCUUAUGGCAACUAUUUCUCUGUUUUAUAUGUAUAUUCUUUAUUGACUCAUGGUUAUGGAAUUAAACAGAAUUAAAUCAUUAAAUCUCCUAAAUUUAUUGGCAACAUUACUCCUACUUGGACUUUAGCUGCCAUGUUUUAUCAAAUUGCUCAAAUUGAUUGUGAAUAAGACAGUCCUAUAUGUUCAACUAUUAUGAAUAAUUGA